AAGUGCUUAGAUUGGUUGAUACCGAGAAGAAACCUCCCAUGGGAUACAUUUAUGAGGCAAUGGAUAAGGGAAAAGAAUGCAUUGCAAGUUUAUUUGAUCAUAAAGAAGAGAAAUAUAAUGAAAUCUUCGAAAUCAUCGACAAAAGAUGAGAUGUCCAAUUGCAUUGGCCUUUACAUGCAGCUGCGCAUUUUCUUAACCCAGAAUUCUUUUACCCAAAAGCGUUAGAGGUGCAAAGAGAUGAUGAAGUAAUGAAUGGGUUUUACGAAUGCAUGCAAAGGUUGGUCCCGGAUGUCAAUGUUCAAGAUUUGAUCACUAAUGAGAUGAGUAUUUAUAUGAAGGCUGAGAGUCUUUUUGGCAAGUCUGUUGCGAUUAGGCAAAGAAAUACAAGAGCACCAGCUGAUUGGUGGGCAUCAUAUGGUUCUUAUACUCCAAACUUGCAAACUUUUGCCAUAAAAGUCUUUAGCCUAACAUGCAGUUCAUCGGGUUGUGAACGAAAUUGGAGUGUAUUCGAACAUCUUCAUAGCAAGAAAAGAAAUAGAUUGGAACAACAACGUCUCAAUGAUUUAGUGUAUGUCAAAUACAAUAGAACAUUGAGAUUUAGGUAUGACAUGCGCAACACUCUUGAUCCCAUAUCUUUGCAAAAUAUUGAUGAAAGCAAUGAGUGGUUGCUUGGGAGGAUGGAUGGAGAAUCAGAUGAAAAUAAUGAGCCUGUGUUUAAUGAUGAUGAUGGCUUGACGUGGGCCACUGUUGCUAGAGCUUCUGGAGUAGAAGAAAGUAGCCAUGCAAGUAGAGCAACAAGUUCACGCUCAAAGGCACAACCGAGGAUAGCUAAAUCAUCAACAUUAACUCCACUUCAAUUAAUAGAUGAAGAGGAAGCGGGCUCAGAUGACACAGAGGAGGAAGAUGUUGAGCGAUACAAAUCAACUGAUGGAGAAGAAAAUGAUAGUUUGCUUGCCAUUGAUGUUGAGGAUGAUGAUUGACUGACCGACCUAACCUAUCCUUUCUUUUGAUGUU